AUGUAUGUCGCUUCUUUCCUGCCGAGAACAUCCCCAUUGAACGCCAGUUCUCUCGCAUCCCAGUUUGACGACCUUGUGUUUUACGCUCAUGGUUACGAAGGACUCGAAGAACUCAAAACCAAAAUCUACGACCUCGACAAGGUCUUUGUAGCCUUUUACCGCGAAGAAAAUGAGCACAACCCGGGGUAUAUCUUGAUUAAUUACAUCCCCGCCGGUAUCUCGGGCGUCAAACGAGCGAGGGCGCUCGUGCAUUCACGGCGUAUGGGGAUUGUAUUUAAAAAACACCAAACAAUGCUCACCGUCGACAGUCUCUCCCAACUCACCUCGUCGACAAUCCACCAAGCUCUGGUUGAUCCAGGCUCAUUUACCCCUCCACCAGUUGGACACUCCUUUUCACACACGCCCGAAACCAGCCUGACAAACCCGCCCCCAUUCCAAUCAAACUCUGCGACACGAACUACCACUAAGAAACCAAAACCUAUCACACUCGACAUGGUCCGCCGCUCGUUUUCAGAGACUUAUGCUCCCCAUAUCAUCCCACCUAAACGUUCCCCACCCGUCCCGCCCGUCCCUCCCAUCCCAACAUCAGUUCACAAAACAUCUGGUAUGUUUGUGAAUCUCUUGAGGAGGAUGAAAGAGUCGGACGAUACCCCUCCCCCUACACCGCCAAAAGACGACAUUCCCCGCUACCGCUCACGACCAUCCCCACCACGAAGAAGCACGACAUCGCAAAAUCACGAACUACCGCCCAUACCGAAUUACUCGCGGGAACAUUCGCCGACAGGGAGCCUGACGGAAUUCGGGUUUGUCUCGAGAUACUCAAGCGAGAACGAUACAGUUGUUAUUCAACCACCGCCUAAGGAUGCGCAUCGGCUUCGUGUGCAGGUUAGCACUGUACCGCUCAAAGGCAAGUGGGCACGAGAGCCAAUACCAGCAGAUCCUGAGGAGAGGGAGCGGAGGAGGCAGGAGCGGAAGAAACAGCGGGAGCUCGAAGAACGACAGGCUUUGGAAGAGGAAAAGAGGAGGCAAGAAGAGAUCAAGAGAAGGAAAGAGGAGCAGCUGAGACAGGAAGAGGAGGAAGAGCGGCAACGACGGCAGCAACUGACCGAAGAGUUGCGAAGGAUCUCUGAGGAGAAGGAGAGGCGGAGGAGGGAGGAAUUGGAGCGGGAAGAGAGGAAGAAACGUGAAUUGGAAGAGCGGAGAAGAAUCGAAAGGGAAAAGCGAUUGGAGGAGCAUCGGAGAGCUGAGCAGUGGCGGAGAGAGCAAGACAGGUUACGUGAGGAGGAGGCGCGGCGCGCGGCGCUCGAGAAGAAGCGGGAGGAAGAAGAGCGGCUGCGGAAGAUUCAACAAGCAGAAAAAGCGAUCGCACAGACUCAUGAAGAGUCACUUCGAACAGGCUGGAUUACAAUCCAAUUCCCCGAGUCGUUGUUCUGGAAACGACGGUAUUUCAAGUGUACGGAUAAGACAUUGUAUCUUUAUCGCAACCCCAAGGAAAUCAACUCGCCCCUUGAGACCGUUGACUUGCGCGGUCAAGUCGCAGCUUUCAAAGAAUGGAGCGAGGGAUAUGAAGAACUCGAAGCGAUCCCAUUCUCUUUUGUGAUCGAAUUCAAAGACCAGCGGACAUGGUCGGUGUUUGCGGAUUCGGAGAACGACAAGUUCCGGAUUCUUGGUCUUUUGAAGCACACUUCUGGCCUGUAA